CCAGGUGUUCUGGCAUUGUCCGCUUCUUCGCUGUCGCUACCAUGCCUUAAAACAAAGAUGGUCAGAUGAUAGACAAGGGAAAAAGGAACGAGAGGCAGCCAUUGGUCCUCCAGUGGUAACAUGGUUUCUUUAUCUCCUGCAUUCAUCGCAUAUUGCGUGCCCCUUCACCGGCUGAAAUCACAAGAGUCUAUAAUUCAUGUUGCCGAUUUUCCCUUCUUCCGUGUGUUUCAUCUCCAGCUCGGCAAAGCUGCAGGAACUGGGCAAAAGCCCUUCAUUGUGGGCUGUUCGUGCAGGGUAUCCUGCAGCAGAAACGGCUUCUCUCGAUCGCGGUCACAUGUCAGCCGCCACCAGUGUAACCAGAGUUCGUCAUAUUUAUCUUGUUUCGAGUACAUGACGUACUUGACAGACUAAGACAGGGGCAGAUCUGGAUUGUUCGAGGAAAAAGGAAUGGACAGAAAACGUCGAACGCUUACGGAUUUCUAUGUCAUGUAGCAUCACCCGGAAAACUACAGGAGCAACAGACACAAUGAGCGCACGCGUAGCGGUCGCCUCAGCGUCGCCCGUUGCUGGUGGUGCUGUCGGAAGGCUGAUGAGAGAGUACCAGGCUAUUCAGCAGGAUCAGAUCCCAUAUAUUCUUGUCAGACCCGACGACAAUGAUAUCCUGACAUGGCACUAUGUCCUUCACGACCUUCCGGAUGAUACACCAUACCGAGGUGGUUUAUACCACGGGAAACUGGUUUUCCCUUCGUCGUACCCUUUUGCGCCCCCUGCGAUCUACAUGAUGACACCAAGCGGGCGUUUCGCGCCCAACCGGAGGCUGUGUUUGUCCAUAAGCGACUUUCAUCCGGAGACAUGGAAUCCUUCGUGGAGGGUUGAGACGAUACUGACUGGCCUUCUAAGUUUCAUGAUUGACGAAGACGAACCGGUGGCGCAAGGAACCGUGGGUUGUUUAACAAGCGAAAGAAGGAGGUUUGCGCUGUCAUCUUUCCUCGCCAACAAGCGAGAUCCAGUUUUUCGUCGCUUGUUCCCAGAGCUCCUAGACGAAAGCAAAUUCGAUCCGAAGACAGGAUAUUCCCUGUGCGGCCAUACUGGCGUUGGUGGAGAGGCGACCGACUCUGGACUGAGUCCUUCUCCUUCCACCUCUGCUGGCUCGUCCCCGUCCCCUGCUUCGCCGUUUGCUUCUAGAUCUGCCUCGAUAGGAAACUUAACAGAGUCUGUACCAGCGGGGGAAGACGCCCGUGGGCUCCUGGUCGGUCGGGGACCUGAGACCGUCCAGACGGUUACACGAGGAAGCGUGCAUUUGGAGCGAACUAAUUGCGCCACUCCGCCAGCCAAAGAGUUGCCGCUGCCAAGCCGUUGUGUAGGCAGCGCACGAGCUGGGGGUGACAGGGACAACGGCUUUUUUGAUGCAAGUAUACAUAUGUUGCUGAGCCGGGUGGAGAGGAAUAAGCGAGGAAAUACUGAUAGCGUCUCCCAUGGUGUCCAGUUUUGGAGAAGAAAUGAGGACUCCGCAGAGUCGUAUGAACGUGGGCUUCUGUCAGACACAAAUGUCAACCAAAAUACUGCACUUUUACAGGGGGCCGGGCGAACGAAGAGCUCGACUUUUGAUAACGACUUGUCCGAUCAGAGAAGGCAAAAUCUGGGAGGAACGAAGCUAAUGGAAGUCUUCCGUGGCCAUGCAGCGUCCCUUGCUGCUGCCACACUUUGGAGUGCCAGAAGCCUAGACGCUUUUGGGAAUGGUACAGGACAUCCGGCGUCGGUUCAGCGAAGUGGGGCAGUUGUUUCUGGGACAAACACGGACUUAAGGGAUGGCCAAAGAACCAGCUUUUGUCUGCCCGAGCUUUCUUCUUCUGGUUGCAACUUUUCGUCCGCUCCUUUCCAACGAGGAGCACGCGCUGUUGACCGGGACACCAAUGGAGGUUUACGAGACGAGACGUCGCUGACGCAUGCAGAUGACAGCAGACAGGUCACGUGUAAUGGACUCGAAAAGCGUCCAGGAAGUGAAGGGUCACGAGAAGAUGGGUCGUCAAACUCUCACGGCACGUACCAGGACAGGAAUGAAAAUACAAAGUAUGGGGACGGUUUCAGUGUGGAGGACCCAGGCAGUGAAGAUGCUCUGCUGGGGCAAGGGAAACGGAUAUUUGACGUGUUAGGAAGUAAACAAGAAGACAAGGCAAUGAAAUUAUCCGUCCCGACACCCAACCAAGUCUCGAGUUCUGAUUCGAACCGUGCAGUCUCUAAAGACAACGAAAAUAUACGAAAUUCGAAUGAAGGUGACAGUAAGUGCGGACUGUGGCUGUUGAAACUGAUCCGGUUCCUAUGUUGGGCAGAAGAAGAGCAGAGGAAGGGAAUCCAGCUGUGCCGCUAUCUUUCCUAUCUUUUGCAAACGCGAGAACACGAGUCAAGGCGAACCGUAACUUCGUCAUUUUUUAGCCGAGGAGAAAGACUCCAUUGUGUGGCGGAGGGCUUUUCUCCAAGCGGAGGAGGCCGACUCGGUCCGAGGGCCGAGAUCCAAGGGCAGGGCAAGGCGGGGAAGCUGGCAAUGAGACCCGAUGGAAGCAGAGACGAACUCGAGAAUGAGAGAGAAGACGGCACCGCCAGAAAAGAACAGAGAGGAGAGAUCUUAAACGGAAAGCAGCAAACGAGAGUCCAGAGCGAAAGACAAAACAUAAAGGGAGGCAAAAGGGAUGCUGAGGACGCAGACCGAAACAACACAGGAAUCGAAAGUAGGAAGCGAGCUCGCCUUCUUGGUGCGGCCAUGUCCAGUGGUGUUGAUCUGGAGGCGGUUAAGGAGAACGAAGAAUAAUAGGAGUAAACAGCGAACUCUGCUUUCCGUCCGUAUUCAAACCGUUCGCGGAAACUCGUUAUGCGCAGGAACAGCACGGUCCGUUUAUCGCAGGAGCCUAACCGGACAAGUGGGCAAGGAUACAGACACAUGCGGAAGACAUUGCAUGCCAUACUUUGUUUUUCAAUAGAAAGCGCAGAGCUGUGACGAGAGAAGGACCAGCCUGCGGUGUGUUUUAGCUUUGUCACCCAAUUUGGCGGUGAGUCCGGGGCUCCCAGAAGCGCCUUCAGUAGAUAAAAGAGUGGGGGGAGAUAAAAGAGUUGGGGGAAGAACCCCAUGCCAAGCGUUCAAGUCUUGGCAAGGAGGCAGAAGGAGCUGCAGUGUCUGACGUCAGAAAAAGAAUUCCGUUAAUCUGUAUACAAUUGGUGUAUGUGUACUUUGACAAAUUCAGUUCCCAGAAAAACAUGCCGGUUCCAAGAAAGAUGCGAAAUCAUAAAUAGGUCACAAGUAAGGCUACAGAUGCAAUAACAAGGUACUUCCUUCAACAAAUCUGUGUAAAUUCCACCGUAUCAGAUGUGUAUCGUUUCAACCGACAGGUACAGAUUACAUGUUUUGCGUUGGAUCGACUCGGUGCGUUAUCAGUUCUAACGAUCAGAGAAAAGCCAGUGUGAGAACGGAGGAGGUAUAUUCCGCCUCGGUGGUUGUACCGUGAUGGCAGGGAGGAAGGCAGAGACGUCGGGACACAAGAAACAGGUUUUCUUGAAGCAGAACCUCACACUUUCACAAGAGGAUACAGGAAAUUAAGACGCGAUUUGGCAUCUACAGUGGGAAGGGAAGGAGCGAAAGGGAGGAAAAUUUGUAUCCGAGGAAGUGAGAAAAAGACAAGCUCUUCUCGCAUGUGGAGAUAUCGAGCGAAAUACUAACAUUGUUCUUAAGUGAGAAGUGGUCUUGCUCGCGUUAAGCAAUAGUUAUUUGGGUGUGAAACGCGUGGAGGCCGUCUCGCUUGCUGUCUCUUGCUUUAGUGCCUUUUUCUGGAUCCCUGUGGUAUCGACGGGAUGAAACUGUCUCCGUAUUCCCGCAUAUGUGCCGAGUAAAGGCCUCCCCUUAAAAACGUGCCACUUGUUUACGUCGCGCGCUCUGUAAAGCUACACACACUCAUGUAUGAUCAUGAUUCUGCCGGCUCCGGCAGAUGGGUGUGCGUGUACGUGUUUGUGACCAGAUCUAUGUUUUUGUGUGAAGCAGGUGAUACGUGGAAACGACACCACCGUGUCUUGUUUUUACGUCAUGUUUCUCGCUCGCGUGAAAAGGUUUGAGAGGUGGUGUUCUUCGCAUUAUGCUGUUUUUUCACGUGGCCAUGUCCUCAAAGACACUGUUUCUGAGUUAGUGACUGCCACAAAUCAGGACAUCUCCGAGAAAAACGAAGACAUCCCCACGAUAGUGCGUGCAACCUCAACAGUGAACUAUUUUGUCCCAUUUAUCAGAACGUGUUUGAGAAGACCGGCCACACAGACAGUGCGUGCAACUCAACAAUGAAACUCUUUUUAAUCCAAGCCCAACAGGGUCUUACUGAACUUCCUUGUUCCGGCAUGUACCUGCCCCACACUUGGAUUCUCAGCAGCAACGCACCGCGCCUGACGGGAGACCACUAGCAACUGACAGCAGUUUUUGACAACCGUGAAAUAGCGCUAACUCGCGACCGCACACGAUUUGUCUCCGGUCAAAGAAAUCCAGUGGCCAGGGCAGAAGUGU